GCGUUAAGAGGGGACAGUAGCUGCGAGGCACUUCGUGUCUGUGUGCCUGAGGGGCUGUCCCGCUCCUGGGCAGCCUUGUGGGUGCAUGGGAGUUGCUGCCCUGCUUCUGGUCAGCCUUUCCCGUUCUAGGGAAGGCUGGACGCAGGUGCAUCGCACAGGGACAGGUGAGCUGGUUGGAGAAAGGAUUCUUGGGAAUGAUUGCCUCGCACUUAGACCUUAAAGCUGCGCUUUGCUGCAAGCUUUGCAGGUGUCAGAUGUUAUCCUGAGCACCUUGUUCUGUGCUGAGCCAGGACUCUGUACUUCCGUUUUAUGGUGAGUCCAGGUCUGCUGUCUGUAUCCUCCAUGGUGUCCCAGAGGCUUUGGUAUAUUUCUAUGUGCUAGAGCUAUGGUAAUUGCAGUCUAAACAACUCUUGGGGAGUAAAUGAUAUCCUGGGGCAUCUGGGAGACAAGCAGUUUCCCUUGUUAGGAAUGCAAGAGCUGUGCAUUCACAUUUUUUGGGAGAAGGAAGUUGGUAGCUUUCCCAUCUCAUACAAGGGAUAUGUGCUCUAUUUUCUUACAGCUCUGAGAGCCAAAUGAUGGUUGGCAUAACCAUUUGUACUUGUGGUCUUUUUCUGUCUGAGCACUUGGUGUUUAUUCUUUUCCUGCAGGUAACAUAGCCAAGAGUGUGUGUUAGCCUCUGUAUAAAGGAGCUCUUGAGUCUGUACUGGGAUUUGUGUAGGUUGUUCCUUUGCCAUAAGAAAGAUGGGUCAUUAUUAGAUGCCAGACCAGUUGUCAUCAGUGCUAAGCUGCAACCAAGAUGGCUAAGUACAGGCUUGUUCUCUUAAGACAUGGGGAAGGAGCCUGGAACAAAGAGAAUCGCUUCUGCAGCUGGGUGGACCAGAGGCUGAGCAGUGAUGGGAUAAAGGAAGCUCAGAACUGUGGCAAACACCUUAAAGCACUGGGCUUUGAAUUCGACCUCGUCUUCACCUCUGUACUCAGCCGCUCCAUCCAGACUGCAUGGCUUAUCCUAGAAGAAAUGGGCCAAGAGUGGGUCCCCAUGCAGAGUUCUUGGCGCCUGAAUGAACGUCACUAUGGUGCUCUGAUCGGUCUCAAUAGAGCAGAAAUGGCUCUGAAUCAUGGGGAGGAGCAAGUGAAAAUAUGGAGGAGAAGCUAUGAUGUUACUCCACCUCCCAUAACCGAAUCUCAUCCUUUCUAUGAAGAGAUAUACAAUGAUCGCCGGUAUAAGUGCAGUGAUGUCUCUCAGGAUAAUCUCCCGAGGGCUGAAAGCCUAAAAGAUGUGCUUGAUAGACUCCUUCCCUAUUGGAAUGAAAAGAUAGUGCCAGAACUGAAAAGUGGCAAGAUGAUCCUUAUCUCUGCUCAUGGUAACAGCAGCAGGGCAUUGCUGAAGCACGUGCAAGGCAUCUCUGAUGAGGACAUCAUCAAUGUUACUCUCCCCACUGGUGUGCCCAUACUUCUUGAACUUGAUGAGAAUCUGCGCCCUCUGGGCCCUCACCAGUUUCUGGGUGAUCAAGAAGCUAUCCAAGCUGCCAUCAAAAAAGUGGAAGAUCAAGGGAAAGUAAAAGCUGUUGAGAAGUAAAAUCCCACAGACACAGCUCUUUCCAACAUUUGUGUAUGACUGCUAGGUUGCACUGUGUAGAAGUCUCAAUUUUAAGCACAAAUAAUUGGGAGAGUUGUUGAGUCUCAGGUUGGUAGAUUUACCCUCUGCCUCUCAAAAACUGCAAUUUAGAUCUGAGCAUGAGGUUAUGGACACGGAAAAAAGAAAUCAAGAGAUCAUUCAGGUAAUGCAAACUUGCAGAGCAGUCUGCCCCACAUCUAGGAUUGAGGGUGGCCUGGUACAGAAAUGAAGAGUUAUUGCUGGUGUCUACUGGUCAUCAGUCCUAAUCUAGGGGGAAAAGCACCAGUUUACUGGACUGAAUAACUCCAGGUUAUUCCGUGCACUAAAACUUAUACAGUGUGAUAAAAUGGCCCUGAGUUGAGUUAUCCAGUAUGAUUCUUCUGUGUCACUGGCCAUGACAAUUUGUUCUGGAUGGAAUUCCUUUGGUCUUUCAGAACACUUUCAGCUGUAUAACUCUUUGCCUUUGUUAUUUAGAGUCUUCCAAGGUCAGUGCAUGUCCAGAAAAUUUUGUAGAGGUGUUCUGACUGCUAUAGUUACCAUAGCUGUGUUUUUACACUGUAGUCCAGUUUUUAAGGAACCUAGAAGGAAUCCCUUUUCCUCCACCAUCUUUGCAAAGCCUAGCAUGACUGCAUUUUGCUAGCUUGAAAUAAUAGGAUUUAACUCAGACUUUAGUCCACAAACUAAGCACAAAGGUUUCCUGCUUACUGUUUAAAUGAUCACUUAGUGAGUGACCUGAAUAGCUUUGAAACAAACACUCAAGUGACAUGUACUAGAGGUUUGAUCACCUCUUGGUCAAGUUGUUAAUAAUUCCUGCUUACCUCAGUAAAACUGAAUAUAGGAAAAUCCCCCUUUAAGCUUUCCUGAGUUGUAAGGGUCUCUUAAUAAAUGUUCCACAGGAAUAUUAUGUGGCAUUCUCUGUAUCAAUUUCUCUGGAUGGUGGAAAAGAUGCAUAAGGCAUAUAUGGAAUGUUACUGGGUGCAGCACAUCCAGCCAUCAUGCUGGUUGGGAAGGGUAUUCUGCCAUGCCUGAAAGUGUGCAUGUGUAAGACUCUCCUCAAAACCAUGGCUUAAUUCCUGCCUUGCUGUUAUGUUUGUCACUAAAUUCAAACGGUUCUCACUGGUUGGGUGUGGUGUAGCAUGUUUGGCAGUUUGUUCUUUUUAUGUACACAAGGAUCAGGAUAAUACUACUUUUGAAGACUUGCUCCAACCUUACAAAUAUGAAACUGUUACUUAAAGUCAGAUCUGACCCAGUGUCUCAGCACCUGAACCUGACCUUAUUCUGACCUCAGUUACCAACAUGGGUGGAACUUGUGUGUACACUGUUUGAGCUGAAUGUGUUUUCAGCAUGGCCUAUCUACAAAUCUCAAGACAAGUUGAUGAGAAUUCCUGUGGUAUGAUGACAGCGUAAGCUUUUAAAAUCCUAGAGUAGCUGCUUCUUUGUAGUGAGCACCUCUGUAGCUUACUUCAUGAGUGUUUUUUUCCUUUGAGGAGAGCAGUGUGAGUGUGAUGUGCCUCUGACAGUCUCCCUUCUAUAUGGAAGUAGACUUUCCAGGUCUGAUGCUGCCUCGCAUUAGCGUAGCACAUACUCCAUAAAAUAUUUCUUGCUAGAUGGUAGUUUAUGAAUGAUGCUUGGGCUUCUCUUUGGCUUUGUUUUUUGUAGCCCUUGUGGUAGGAGUGAAGUUACAUGUUUUGUUUUUUUUUUUUUUAAACAUAAAGCUGUUAGGUUUCCCCUUGCUUUUUACAAGCAAGGAUAUUUCAGUGUUGUUUUUCUCUGAACUACUAUUAGUAGCUGCCCUGAUACUCCAUUUGAUACUGAUUUACUCCAUGCACAGAAAACUAAAAUCCCAGAAAGGAAUAAUUGCUAAUCUUAAUUGAUACUUUUCAAGUCAGUGUUAUGGAGUUGGAUUGUUGAUCAGCAAAUGUUCACCUGUCAACGCCUUGAGGAAAGCCACUGGCACUCAAGUGAUUAGAUUGUUUCCCCAACACUGAGUAAUGUGUGAAGUUCAGCAUCAAGUGAAAAUCACUGUAGACUUCUUAACAAGGCAAGCAGAGCCAACUGUUACCGGUGGGAACUGCAUGUAUCCAGAUGUGUGAGCUUACAGGCCUUGGUGUCCUUAUCUCUUAGGCAUUGUGGUAUUGUAAUGUAGAACUUGUACAGGACUUGAGAUGCAGUUGGAAUAUACUUAAGAAUGAGCCCCGCUGAACUGGAAGAUAUACCCUGUCCUCCCGGAGAAUUCAUGAUCUCUUCUGGGGAUGGAGUGGAGAAUGGAAAAGUGGAUGAAUGAAAGCCUGUUUUCAGUCAACUUCAUCCAAUUGGCUGCAAGAAGAAAUAGUAAUGCUUCCUACAUUCAAAGGUUAGUGGACAGCCAGAAAAGAGAAGCAGUGUGAUGUUUUCAGGUGGCACUGUUUCUACAGUGCUACUUAAGAUCUAAAUAGUGACAGUUCCCUGGGCAGUUUAGAGUCACAACCAAAGUAAAUCAAGUCAAAGUCUUGGCAAAAUUUUACAUGCACAUCUGGCAGCAAUACCACCUUACAGAAGCAUCAAAUGGAAUCAGCUGGGGAUUUCAUUGUGCUCUUCAAGAUUAUUUUAACACCUUGCAAUGCUUGCUUAUGAGUAGUCUGUAAUUAAAUUCCUCAUUCAUAAAAUGUGUAUACUGAAGAACAGAAACCAGUUUCUAUCAACAGUGGCAUAAGGAUGCCUGGUUUUCAGGCAUAGCUAACUACAGAAAGAAAUUAGAAUCUUGACGGUGGCUCUAGAGAUAAUAUCUGAGUAUGCCUCAAGGUCCUUUAAGGUAACUGGUGUUUCUACAGUUGACAUCAUGGAUGUGGUUGAUUUGGUUUGUUUAUAUGUUUUUAACUUGUUGAUCAGUAGCAGUAGAAGCUCUAAAACCCUCUUGAAAACCUUUGUAAAUAUGGUGGAACUGGCAGUUUCUUUAUAACUCAAUAAAGUCACUGGAAAUGGAAUUUAA